GUAAAAUUGAAAACCAUCAAAAUAAUUGGACUUCUUACAAAUUGGAUUGUAUGAGUGAAAGGUGUUUAUGAGAAGUGGAUGACUCCGGAUCUUAUCAUCUAAGAGGACAGCACAGAAUAGUUAAUAUGUUCCUUGAGGGACUAGGAUGCUGACGUCUUUUUCUGAUACCCGAUCAUUACGUGACUGAGAAAAAAAAAAAGGAAGUCAUUUCAUGAAUAAAAAUCGGAGCGCAACAGUGCAACAAAAUAUUCUGUACUUAAAGGCCAUAGGCAGACAGAUGUUGACAAAGAAGGCUCUUCUAAAACCAUGUUCGGAUAGGUUUCUGCUAACUGCACAUAUAAACAGGAGCAGAGGGCCGGUCACCUCUGUACCCAUAGGCAGCAGCAGAAGAAGCCGAAGCUUCAGACGCAGCCAGAAGGACCUCAGAACAGAGAAGGCGCUGCCGACUUGCACAGCUGUCUGACCGGGCGGUUCCCACAGACGCCAGCUGGACCUCGGCCCUCUCUCCUUCCUUCCUCUCCUUCUUUGACUUUUCCUCUUUUCCUUAAUCACUUACUACUUUCUCCCGGUGGACUUAGGCCACUUUGUCCGCCACUCCCCACUUUAGCACAUUGCCUACUCUUUCUUCCUUCUACAUCUCUCUCUUCGCCCCCUUCUCUCGGGUGUCACGCUCUCUCCUAGUCUUUGCGUCUACAAACUUUUGAACAGAAUACUGGCCUCAGCAAACAAGUCCUCCAGCUCCUCCUGCUGCUCCUGCUCGUUCCUGCGGCUUCUCCUCAGGCACUAACACCAGACGGUGAUGCCUUUUGGGUUGUGACUCCAGCGCAGAAACUUGGAGGAGCCCUUUGCCCGCCGUCCUACUUGGCAACAAAUCCUCUCCUAGCGGCGGUAAGAGUUGAAUGAAUGACCAUGUGUAGCGGAGCAAGGCUAGCCCUGCUGGUCUACGGGAUAAUAAUGCACAGCAGCGUCUACUGCUCACCUGCCGCGGCUGGGCUCCGGUUCCCUGGGAUCAGGCCAGAGGACGAAGUUUACGACGAGGACGGAAACCCGCUGCCGGACUUGUACGACUCCGACCCGCCAGGCGUAGGGAGCCCCGCCUCCGCGCUGCGCGACGCCUACGCGCUGUAUUACCCCACGGAGAAGAGAGAUGUCGCCCACGGGAUCCUUAACAAGGCCUACCGCAAAGUGCUCGACCAGCUGUCUGCCAGGAAAUACCUGCAAACGCUCGUGGCCAAGGGCGUGGGUGGGAACCUAGGUGACGGCGGGGAGGAUGACUCAGAGCCGCUCUCCAAGCGCCACUCGGACGGAAUCUUCACGGACAGCUACAGCCGCUAUCGGAAACAAAUGGCUGUCAAGAAAUACUUGGCGGCCGUCCUAGGGAAAAGGUAUAAACAAAGGGUUAAAAACAAAGGACGCCGAAUAGCGUAUUUGUAGCGAUGAGUUACCGGCUACCCUGUGUAUACAACCCUGACACAAUGAAAAGUCAGUCAUGUUCCUAACUAACUGAACAGUCAUCGCUCAUGUGUUCCAUUCAAACAUGUAUUUAUGUAUGAAGUAAAGCCAUUAAAUGAAUAUUUUGAUAAUAAUAGUUUUUCUUUUUACAAAGCACUAGAGAAUGCACAGAUAUACUUUGUGGACCAAUUACUGAUAUAUAUUAUAAAUAUAUAUAUUUAGGAAUAUAUAUAAGUAUAAUAGAGAGCAGUUCAUAUAAAAUGUGCACAAGGAUUGAAAAUUUGCCUGAGCUGUUUAUGUUUUUAUAUAAAAUAAAUAGAAAAAUAGACAAUCAUUGUUUUGAAUAUUACUCCUAUUUUUGUAAACCAGAAUUAAAAGGAUAGUAUUUUUAUCCACGACAGACCUGAAGAUAUUAAUACCGACCAUUUGCUACUGUACAUAAACAAUGAUGCCCUGCUCCAGGGAGAUUUUGAGGUAAUGCUUUGGGAUAAUUGCUGUAUGGCAUUCUUUUCCAGUGAGUCUCUAGGGCAGGCUGCUUCAAUCCCAGCCCAACUCAACUAGGCACUGUCCCCCUCGCUGGGUGACAAUUCUAAUACUUCUGCUUUCUUUAAUCCUACUUUUAUGUGUAUUGGUGUCUCUUCAGACUCUCAGCCCAGAAGGACAUUCUCCUGAUAAAACAACAGCUCGAUUUAAAUUGUGCUUCUCCCCAGAAUUCAUACCACUCCCUGGGGAAGAAUUGGGGGAUUGUACAGAGAAGGGAGGUUUGGAAGGUUAGGAAGCUCCCUUUUCUGUACUUUCAGGAAACCCAAUAUCUCAAGGUUUAGGGCUAUUGGAACAAAGUGAAAGAAGUGUAGGUUUAUUGGAAGAGGCAGAGCAUAGGGCAGUAGGUGGAGGACCCCGGAGAGGGACUACUUUGGGGCUGCCCUAGGUCUGGAACACUGAGGGUAAGCCGAGUCCCCACCUUAGGUCCCCAGCCUGACUGACUUUGGGCGCUGGGUAUUGGAAAUAGAUGCAAAGUACAAUGUGUUUUUCUCCAGUGCUGUCCAUGCUUCUUAUUUUGUGAAAUGGCCAGGAUCCUUCCCUUUGAACCCUGCUCUGUAGGAGCCACCCUUUUCUUUUGUGGUUUUUCUGAAAACCCCUCCUUUCAACCCUCUUGCACUGUUUAAGUACUGUUUACCAUUUUUCAUUCACUCUCUUAAACUUGUGAAUGCGGUUACCUUUUGUUGUUGUUGUUUGAUGCAAGCACUUAUUGUAAAGUUUAGGAACCCUGUGUAGUUACCACUAAGUAAUUAUGCACUAAAUAUGAACCUUUUGUUUCUUGUUUAUUGAGUUUGUAGGUAAAAUGUAUUUUUCUACAUUAUGGCUUAUUGCUUAGUAAAAUUUAUUUCAUAAAACCAACCUUUGUCAUAUUAGAAUGUGUAGUGUUCACAUGUUGCUCAGUUUACUAACUGAUAAAUCAUUUAAACCUCGUCUUCAUAUGUAUGAGUACUAUCUUAUAUUUGUGGUCAAGAAUAAGGUAAGCAAGCUCCAACCGACACUGAGAACCUUCCUUUGUAUCCUUUCUUGGCUACAGAAAGCAUGUCUAUCUGUUUCCUAUUAAUUCCUUGAAUAUAUUGAGUAAUCUCUAUAAACAAAAGAACCUUCACCCAGCAAUCAGAUCAAGCAACAACAGGCAAACCAGCCAAACUCCCAAAUUUCAGGCACAAAUUAUUUUGAAAAAAAAAAAAGAAGAAGAAAAAGAAGAACAAGAAAAGAUUAAACAUUGGCUUGUAAGUUUAAACGACCUUUCCUUUUCCUUUACGGAUUUGAUCGGUAUGAAGUCAUAAAUCAAAGAAAACAGAAUUGGAUUUGCAUUCCCAGGCGGGAUGGAUGCUGCCAGGAGAUCACAUUGCAAACAGUGAAAGCACAGAGGCAUUCGAUCUAUGCCUGAGUCCUGUGUACGGGAUCAGUCUUUCUUUAAUUCUGCAGUCUCCUCAGGCAAUGUGACAUGGGACACAGUUUGCAGCUUUAGUGCCUUUCUUCGCCUUUUAAAUCGCCACGAAUCACAGAUGGCUAUUUAGUGGCCCUACAAUGCUGCAACACAUCGGCUUGCAUUUUAGUCUUAAUUAUUUGUUUCUUGGAUAAUGGGCAGAGUUUUCUGUAUUUGUGUCAGCUGUUAGUGGUGAAAUAGGGCUCUAGUUAACCUUUAUUUAUGAAGUCUAAUUUAGUGUUCCCGUGGCUAGUUGCAAGCAUUUACAGUGAUCACCCAGUUUAAUCUUUUGUAUACUUUUUAGAAAUGCCAAGAGCCUUACUAACCUGGAGCAGAUUUAUGAUGUAGUGAUAAUUUAGGUAGAUGAUAGUCUUGAAGCUCUUAUUUUGUGUGCAACUGAUUAUAAAAACAUCUUAACCAAGUAUUAUUACACACAUGAUAUCUAUAACUAGGACUUUGAUAACUGUUAUUAAAGUGUGUAAAAUUUGUAUGAAUAAAUUUUUGUAAACAAUGCACCUUCGUCUAAUGUUUGGAGAAAAAAAGAUAUGAGGAAAUAACUACCUUAAAAUCUCUUAAACUAUUAUAUUUUCUUUAGCAACCAUAAGAAUUUUUAUGUCUGGUAUAUCUAUCUAAGCAUCCAUGUAUUUUUAUAAAUGUACUUUAAUAUCUGCUUGAUGGGAUACUGGAGCCAACUAAAAAUUUAAAGUAGCUACUCAGACGGAGAUGCCUAAGAAGGUAUUCAGCUCAUAAAUAGGCACUGAUGUUUUAACAUUUAUAGGAUGCACAAUUUAGAUGAAUCUCUAUCCUCUACUGUGUAUAUACAUUGCUCAACAUUCAGAAUUACUAUCCAGAGGUGGGACACAGUACCUGGGUAUUAGUUACGUUUCUAAAAUAUCAAUCUAACAUUGUUUUUUUUUUUUUACAAGUAACUCUGCAGACUAAAUUGGUCUUGAUAAAAUUCUGUAUA